AGAGAGUGAAAGGGAGAAGUGGAAGGUUGUGAGUGGGAGGGUUGAGAGGAAAGGAGGAGAGUAAGAGAGGAUGCAGGCUGGGAGUAUAUUGCAGUCUGAAGAGCUGAGAGUGGACGGCAGGUGAACGACGGAUGAGGAGCAAGUGAGUUAGCAGAGAGGAGCAGCAGAGACAGAAGAGAUAAUCGAGCUCAGGGAGGAGGAGGGGGAGGCUUAGACGGUGAGUCAUCAGUCCAGAGUGUAGGUCGCUGUCCGGACAUCACUGGGAGCACCUGACGUUCAGCAUCCACUCAGUGUGAGAAACAAGAUGGGGCUGACCCCCGACUUGCAGCACCACUAGAACCCCAGCUGUUACAGCCUGAAUUGAGACACAGCACCUCCCCUCUCCACAAGACCACAGAUUUAUUUGAAAUGAUUGAAAAGAUGCAGGGCAGUAGGAUGGAUGAGCAAAGGUGCACCUUUCCUCCUACUCUGAAGACUGAGGAGGAUUACAUUCCAUACCCAAGUGUCCAUGAGGUUUUGGGGAGAAAAAGCCCCUUUCCUCUCAUCCUGCUUCCACAGUUUGGGGGUUACUGGAUUGAGGGCAUGAACCAUGAGUUGAGUGAAGCUGGAGACCCGGAGCACCACCGGCCUCCGUCACCCAACAGCCGCACUAAGCUGGAGUGUAACACAAUGGCUACACACUACAGGAAACACUUCCUGGGCAAGGAGCACUUUAAUUACUAUUCACUGGACAGUUCCCUUGGACAUCUGGUGUUCUCCAUAAAAUAUGAUGAGAUCGGUGACCAGGAACAUCUACGCCUUAUGCUCAGAACCAAGCUGAAAACCUAUUAUGAUGUGAUCCCCAUAUCCUGUUUAACAGAGUUUCCUAAUGUGGUCCAAAUGGCCAAGCUUGUCUGUGAGGAAGUCAACGUGGACCGCUUUUAUCCUGUGCUCUAUCCAAAAGCUUCAAGACUUAUUGUCACAUUUGAUGAACAUGUGAUCAGCAACAAUUUCAAAUUUGGAGUCAUCUACCAAAAGUUUGGACAGACAUCAGAAGAGGAGCUGUUUGGCAACAGUGAAGAAAGUCCUGCCUUCGUAGAGUUCCUGGAGUUUCUUGGAGAAAAGAUUGAACUACACCAUUUUAAAGGUUUCCGUGGAGGGUUAGAUGUGACUCAUGGGCAAACUGGCACAGAAUCUGUCUACUGCAACUACCGCAACAAAGAGGUCAUGUUCCACGUGUCUACGAAGCUGCCUUACACAGAGGGGGACACCCAACAGUUGCAGAGGAAAAGGCACAUAGGGAAUGACAUUGUUGCCAUUGUAUUCCAAGAGGAAAAUACUCCCUUUGUGCCAGAUAUGAUUGCAUCCAACUUUCUUCAUGCUUAUAUUGUGGUCCAAGUGGUCAACCCCUGCUCUGACAAUGUAGUCUAUAAGGUUUCAGUGACAGCUCGGGAUGAUGUUCCUUUCUUUGGCCCAGCCCUCCCAAACCCUGCUAUAUUUAAAAAAGGUCCUGAAUUUCAUGAGUUUCUGUUUACAAAACUAAUUAAUGCAGAAUAUGCAUGCUACAAAGCUGAGAAGUUUGCCAAAUUGGAGGAGCGAACACGAUCGGCUUUGCUUGAAACCCUUUAUGAGGAACUCCAUCUGAACAGCCAGGCCAUAAUGGGAGUUGGAGGCGAGGAUGACAAACUGGAGAAUGGGAAUGCAGGAGGAGGGGGCUUCUUUGAGUCCUUUAAGCGGGUGAUUCGCGGUAGGAGCCAGUCAGUGGAUGCCACGAGUCUAACUCUCAAGAAGCAACACUCAGUCUCCAAUAACCUGAGCAGCCACAGCCCUGCAGAGAAUCCUAAAUUCCCUGGGAUAUCAUUGCUUGUCCCAGGCAAAAGUCCCAGUAAAUAUGGACGCCGUGGCAGUGCCAUAGGGAUAGGAACAGUAGAAGAGUCUUUGAUUAUCCCGGGAAAAAGCCCCACAAGGAAAAAGUCAGGUCCUUUCAGCUCUCGCCGAAGCAGUGCUAUUGGGAUUGAAAACAUUCAAGAAGUCCACGAAAGAAGCAGAGAUGCAUCUCCACACACUCAGAAGACACCUGACAGUGGCCACGUUUCUCAAGACCAGAAAUCUGACAACUCAGAUCAGAGCUCUCCUGAAGUCCUCACAACCACCAAGAACAGCUCUUAUUUCUGUGGCAGGACCCCUUCCAUCCCUGAGGGCCAAGACCUCUCUCGCUCCUCCUCCAAUGCCAGCAGCUUUACCAGUGUGGUAGAGGAAAACGAGGCUCCAGAAGACUAUGACACUGGCAUGGAGAGUCUGUCUUCAGCUGGAACACCUCACAAGCGAGACUCUCUCACCUACAGCACCUGGUUGGAAGACAGCAUGAGCUGCACCAGCAGCAACAGUCGUGGCAGCUCUCCAGGGCAUGGUAAAUCUGAUCGAGGGAAAGCCACCGAUAUUCGAAUCAAACUAGAAAAAUCACAUGACCAUCAGUCAUCAAACUGCUAGCCCUGCCCACAGGAUUUUAUCCUGAAUCGCCAUCUUCAGAAGCAGUCCCAUAAGUCACUCCUUCUGAGACCCAUGCUUUUGACAUGUCGAGUGAAGAGGAGGAGGAUGAAGCUGAGAAAGGAGCAUCAGAUAAAGCCUGCAGUCGGCUGCUCAGGGAGGAAUGCAUCCAGAAACCCAGAGGACACAAGAAAGGGUUAUGCACAAUAAGGCGCCAGCUUUUGGUUUCAUUGCCUGUUCCCACAUUUGUUGCUUGGUUGUACUUUUAUUUUUUAAACCGACCCUUGGUUGUAAAAGUGCUUUUUUUUUUCAUCUGAAAAUAUAAAUGUUUGAUCUUUUAAAGAUGUCACUUGUUGAACUCAUGUUGUGCUGGCUGUUUGAAAAGUACAGAUUGUAUAGGUGUCCUUGUGAUGAAACCUUCCGCUUAAAGAUUAUGUCAUAAAUCUAUUUAAAAUCAAAUUAAAUCAUCACAUUUACAGGUAUAUCAUUGAAAUUGAAUCAAUUUGAUUUGUCACAGUUAAAUUAAGCUUUUUCUCUCAGCCAAGCAUGCAGUUACAGUAGCCGAAUGUGAAAACAUUACACAUUGAACCUUUAACACACUCCAUCUUCAGUGCAUGACAUACUGGUCACCUAAAACAUAUAGUCUCCGGCUUUACCACAAGCCCAAAAGGCAAAGAUGCACUAGAGAUUUUUUUUUUUUUCCCAUGAGAAGGAAGAAGUCAUGAGAGAAAUAUGGUCUCAGAGCUGCAAUGUGUAACACUGUUAUUCGCCAUUUGACAAAAAUCAUAAACCUAAAAUCCUGGCAGCAAUAAGGAGUCUUUGUGACUUCUGCUCCAGUUCUGAACAUUUAAGUGCCAGCCUUUUCAUUUCUCCAAACAGUGAAAUUACAUUAAAAUACCUGUAAACCACACUUCCCUUAAAUAUUUGAUCCACACUUAAGAUGUAAGAGAGUAAUGCAGCUGUCUAAAUGCCGCCUCAGUGGUUUGCCUGCCGACUCAACUGCAACUAUCUUUGCAGCUUGGGCAAUAAUUGUUUGUAGUCAUAAACACUGCCAGAAUUAUUUUCCCCCUUUUGUAGACAAAAUUUAACCUUUUUAAUUUUAUUGUUGUUGUUUUUUUUAAAUGUAGCGACUGAAUUUGGUGCUGACUGCAUCCUCUGAUGCUUGCAGCAUCCUCAUCAACGUUUCGUGCAUGAAUAAUCUCAUGGGAAAAUAUGCUCACUUAAUCUUUACUGUGUUGCUAUAAAGGGAGCAAACAUUCGAUUUUUUCAUUUUCUGUGUGCACCAACUGGCUUUCACACUCAGGAUCUGGAGGACAUGUUUUCACUCUGUUUAUGUUAGUGCCCAUAAGGGUACUUUUUGUCUAUGAAAAAAACUGUUUUAAUGAUAUUUGCCUGUUUUGAAAAUCAUUGGUGUUUUCAUGUUUUCUGGCUCUAAAUUUUGGGAAAUGUUGUCCUUUAAGCAAAAUUUUUGGCUUAAUUGAAAUGCCAAAAUUGAAAGUUUUUUUCCUAAAAGGUUUAUCGGAAAAUGUUUCACCUGUUAAAUUGAUAAAUUUAUUAUAUGGCAGGUAAAAUUUAAACAGGAGAACAUGUUAGCUGCACUAAGACACUUUCUCCGAUUUCCAUUUUUUCUCCAAGUUGUGCUUUUUAACAACAAAUAACAGCUUACAGGAAAUAAGCCUCUCAGCAAACAGCCUUAGAACUUAAACAUGUCUUUUUUUUUAAGUAUGUGUUACCUCAGUUUUCCCCUCCACAUUUUUAUCUACCAAAGCAAAUCAAAGUUAUUAAAUUAAAGGCUUAUCAAACUUUAUAACAAGUGCUUCAAAAACAGGAGAUGAUUAUUGGUUUAAUCGCCUAUUGAACUCAGUCACUCUUUGUAUAACAAAUAUACAGAUAUGGUCAUCAGUUUUAUUAUUUUUUUCCUAACUUCUCUUCUUCUUCCCUAACCUUUGUUUUUAUUUAUUUAUUUUUUCUGGUAAGUGGCAGUUCUCUCUAUGGUGAUAACACUCAGUGUCUUGUUAUGCAGCUUGUUUAUGUUGCUUUUUCCCUAAAUAUGAUCUUGACCUGUGACAUCUGGCUUAUUUCAAGAGUCAGAUCUUGUUGAGUGCAGUAAGUUUGCAAUGCAAAUAUGAUCAAAUCAAGUAUAUUAAUUUGCUUUAAAAGUUACUAAAUCCAAACUAAACAACUGGUGAUGUGUAAAUAUAAUAUUAACUGAAGAAAAUAUAUGUAUAGCCAGUGGAUUUUAAACUGGAAGGGACAACACAAAACAAUUACUGCCAAGGUUAAAAGUGACUGUUGUUUUAUGUCAUGUAUUCUUAAUUUCAGACUUUAUUUUAAAAGUUUUGUAGAUUUUUAAAGGUUUUCAGACUAAAAGGGAAAAUAUCUCUGUACAUCCCAUUGAUCAUUUCAGUUGCCUUAUGUCACACAGUGAUGGUGUAAGUCGAGCCAGGAGAGCCAGUAGUUAAUUCAUCAGAAUUUCCAAUAUAAUGAAUGUUUUGUUUUUGCUUGUUUUUACUGUAAAUAAAUACCCUCAGAAGUUCAAAA